AUGCCUCUGUCAUCACCACCACUUCACAACCUCUCUUCAUUAAUCUCCUCGCACGGCAUCGCCACCGCAACAUCAAGAACACCAACGCGGCGUUACUUGGCGGUUCACGCGGCGGCAUCCGACACAACAACCUCCCUUAAAGUCAGCACUUUCGAAGAAGGAAACUUAGUCCGACCAAAAUGGACCGGAGAAACUCCUCUCUCUCGCUUGGUUCGAGCUCUCAUCUCUUUCAAACCCUUAUACUCUAUACUCAAGCUUGGUGCUAGACAGGUUUUCAUAAGUACAGCUGAGAAAAAUAACAUACCUUGGAGGGAAAUGACAAAAGAGAUUUUGGAGUCAGAUGUUUAUAAGGAGCUGGACAGCAUUCAAAACAAGUCUUUACUGUAUCCAGAUUAUUAUUUGAAUCCAUUCCAUGCGUAUGAUGAGGGGAACCUUACAUGGCUGGCAGCAGCAGAAGCAGAAGCUGCUACUAAGUCAAUGCAUUCGCAAACAUCCACAAUUGAUGACAUUCUAGAUAUUGGAUGUUCUGUAGGAGUAAGCUCAAGAUAUCUUGCAGAAAAGUUUCCUAGCGCCAAAGUCACCGGGCUUGAUUUGUCACCGUACUUUCUAUCCGUCGCACAGCAUAAGGAAAAGAGAGGAACAACUAGAAAAAAUCCUAUAAAAUGGAUACAUGCAAAUGGAGAAGACACUGGCUUGCCUUCUAAGUCAUUUGAUCUUGUAUCUAUUGCUUAUGUGUUUCAUGAAUGUCCUAACAGAGCUAUAGUGAAUGUAGUAAAGGAAGCAUUCCGUCUCCUUCGUCCUGGAGGCACGCUGGCUAUGACAGAUAAUUCGCCAAAGUCGAAAGUCCUACAGGAGUUGUCUCCGGUCCUGUUUACAUUGAUGAAGAGCACAGAACCGUUUCUUGAUGAGUACUACUUGACUGAUAUGGAUGAAACACUGAGGGAAGCUGGUUUUGUGAACAUAACAUCAAUUCUUACUGACCCUAGGCAUGUCACAUUAACAGCUACUGUUCCUCAAUGA